AUGGCGGAGGCACACAAGUAUAAGAAGCUCACACCUAUUGAGCAUGUACUCACACGACCAGAGAUGUACAUUGGUAGUCUCGACACAACGGCAACCCCCAUGUUUAUAUACGAUGAACAGAAGGGUCACAUGGUGUGGGAGACGGUGAAACUGAAUCACGGUUUGCUGAAAAUCGUGGAUGAAAUUCUGCUAAAUGCAUCUGAUAACAUCUCCAACAGAAGUGCGCGCAUGACGUAUAUCCGCGUGACCAUCACGGACACGGGUGAGAUUACUAUAGAGAACGACGGCGCUGGGAUCCCCAUCGUACGCAGUCGAGAGCAUAAAUUAUAUAUACCAGAGAUGGUAUUCGGUCACCUACUUACCAGCUCUAAUUAUGAUGACGAUAACCAAAAUGCAGUUGCUGGUCGCCACGGUUACGGUGCAAAGCUAACCAACAUUCUUUCCCUGAGCUUUUCCGUCUGCUGCCGCACAAAUGGGAGGGAGUUUCACAUGAGUUGGCAGGAUCACAUGAGGAAGGCAACGGCUCCACGCGUUUCAAACGUCGGCACAAAAGAGAAAAAUGUCACGCGUGUGAAGUUUCUCCCCGACUACGAGCGAUUUGGCAUGAAGGAGAAGAAAAUUUCAAACGACAUGAAGCGUGUGCUCUACAAGCGCAUUAUGGACCUUUCCGCAAUGUUUCCGAAUAUUCAAAUAACCCUGAACGGCUCAUCCUUUGGCUUCAAGUCCUUUAAGGACUAUGCGACUCUGUACAGUGCCAUGACCCCAAAGGGAGAGAAACCACCGCCACCAUACGUAUACGAGAGUAAAAGCGGUUGCGUUGCCUUCAUUCCUUCAGUAGUCCCCGGGGUGCGGCGGAUGUUUGGUGUGGUCAACGGUGUGGUAACGUAUAAUGGCGGUACGCAUUGCAAUGCUGCGCAGGAUAUAUUGACCGGCUGCCUCGAUGGCGUGGAACGGGAAUUAAAGAAGGAGAACAAAGUGAUGGACACUAAUCGAGUGCUUCGUCACUUCACUAUUCUAGUUUUCCUCGUGCAGGUGCAGCCAAAGUUUGAUUCUCAGAACAAAGCUCGACUUGUUUCUACCCCCACGAUGCCCCGUGUUCCUCGGCAAGAUGUGAUGAAAUAUCUUCUGCGCAUGCCUUUUCUCGAGGCUCAUGUGAGUACUAUUACGGGACAGUUAGCGCAGGAACUAAAUAAGGAGAUCGGCACCGGACGCCGUAUGAGUAGCAAAACCCUCCUGACCUCCAUAACGAAACUGGUAGAUGCAACUUCUACACGCCGUGACCCAAAACAUACCCGCACGUUAAUUGUUACUGAAGGUGACUCCGCAAAGGCUCUCGCGCAGAACUCUUUAUCGAGUGACCAAAAGCGAUAUACAGGCGUAUUUCCGCUUCGGGGUAAGCUGCUAAACGUGCGUAACAAGAAUCUUAAGCGACUGAGGAACUGCAAGGAGUUGCAGGAACUGUUUUGUGCCCUGGGACUUGAGCUAGAUAAAGAUUACACCGACGCCGAUGAACUACGAUACCAACGCAUACUUAUCAUGACAGAUCAGGACGCAGAUGGCUCACACAUUAAGGGUUUGGUUAUCAACGCGUUCGAGUCUUUGUGGCCCUCGUUGCUGGUACGAAAUCCUGGGUUCAUCUCUAUAUUCUCCACACCCAUCGUAAAGGCACGACUGCGCGACAAGUCGGUGGUAUCCUUCUUCAGCAUGAAGGAGUUUCACAAGUGGCAGCGCUCAAAUGCAAAUACACCAUACACAUGUAAGUACUAUAAGGGUCUCGGUACUUCUACCACUGCUGAGGGAAAAGAGUACUUCAAGGAUAUGGAGAAACACACAAUGCGCUUACUCGUGGACCGCUCCGAUCAUAAGCUUCUUGACAAUGUUUUCGACUCACAGGAGGUAGAAUGGCGAAAGGACUGGAUGACCAAGGCGAAUGCUUUUACCGGCGAGGUGGAUAUUGAUCGUAGCAAGAAAAUGCUAACGGUCACAGAUUUUGUGCAUAAGGAGAUGGUUCAUUUCGCCCUUGUUGGUAAUGCCCGUGCGCUUGCGCACUCUGUAGACGGGCUUAAGCCUUCUCAGCGAAAGAUUAUUUGGGCUCUUAUGCGGCGGUCCGGUAAUGAGGCGGCGAAGGUGGCACAACUAUCAGGUUACAUAUCAGAAGCUUCCGCUUUUCAUCAUGGUGAGACUUCAUUGCAGGAGACGAUGAUUAAGAUGGCGCAGAGCUUCACUGGUGGUAACAACGUCAACCUUCUCGUCCCUGAGGGUCAGUUCGGUUCUCGUCAGCAACUCGGUAAUGAUCAUGCGGCACCCCGUUACAUUUUCACAAAGCUUUCAAAAGUAGCCCGCUUGCUUUUCCCUAGUGAGGAUGACCCAUUGCUAGACUACAUUGUGGAAGAGGGUCAGCAGGUGGAGCCGAACCAUUACGUUCCAAUCCUACCGCUGCUCCUCUGCAACGGAAGUGUGGGCAUCGGUUUCGGUUUUGCGUCGAAUAUUCCACCAUUCCACCCGUUGGACGUAUCUGCAGCGGUACGAGCGAUGAUUAGCGGCGAAGCUGCCAAGUCGGUUGUCCGUCGACUUGUGCCGUGGGCUGUAGGCUUUCAGGGUGAGAUACGUCGUGGCCCCGAAGGAGAGUUUAUUGCUGUGGGAACGUAUACUUACUGUAAGGGUGGUCGUGUGCAUGUUACGGAGCUUCCUUGGACGUGUAGCGUUGAAGCAUUCCGUGAGCACAUUUCUUACCUCGCCACAAAGGAUAUUGUUAACCGCAUUGCCGACUAUUCCGGCGCCAAUCACGUUGACAUUGAUGUGGAAGUUGCUCAGGGUGCGGUGAACACAUAUGCUGAGUGCGAGUCGGAACUUGGCCUCACGCAACGUAUUCACAUCAACGGUACAGUCUUUUCACCGAAUGGAACUCUUUCACCUCUGGAAAGUGACCUCACACCCGUCCUCCAGUGGCACUACGACCGCAGACUUGAUUUAUAUAAAAAGAGGCGACAACGUAAUUUGAUGCUGUUGGAGCAGGAAUUGGCCAGAGAGAAGUCGACACUCAAAUUUGUGCAACACUUCCGUGCCGGCCACAUUGACUUUGCGAAUGCUACGGAGGCAACACUUGAAAAGGUGUGUUCAAAGUUAGGGUUAGUACGUGUAGAUGACUCGUUCGACUACAUUUUGCGUAAACCCAUCACGUUCUAUACCAAAACAAGUUUUGAAAAUCUUCUCAAGAAGAUCGCGGAGACGGAGCGGCGCAUUGAAGCUCUCAAGAAGACAACCCCUGUGCAGUUGUGGUUGGGCGAACUUGACCAAUUUGAUCGCUUCUUUCAGGACCAUGAGAAAAAGAUGGUGGAGGCUAUUUUGAAGGAAAGAAGGCAGCGAUCACCCCCGAGUGACCUUCUCCCUGGUCUUCAACAGCCGCGUCUGGAGGUGGAGGAGGCAAAGGGUGGUAAAAAAUUUGAGAUGCGGGUUCAGGUGCGAAAGUACGUCCCUCCACCAACCAAGCGGGGAGCGGGGGGCCGUAGUGAUGGUGACGGAGGCGCAACUGCGGCCGGUGCUGCUGCAGCCGUGGGGGGAAGAGGUGAAAAGAAGGGCCCGGGACGAGCCGGUGGGGUUCGACGUAUGGUACUCGACGCCCUUGCGAAGCGUGUGACACGUUUGCUGCCGCGUCUGCUGUUCUAG